AUGAAAGACUUUUAUGGGCUUAUUCUGAUUCUGGCAAGUUCUGUUGAAGGACAAAAGACAACACUUCGAACGGACUACAUUCUAAAAAUACUUGGGAUUGAUACUUGUGCUGACACACUGGUAGGAGAUCCAAUGAGGAGAGGUGUCUCUGGUGGUCAGAAAAAGAGAUUGACAACAGGGGAAAUGAUUGUUGGCCCUACAAGAGCUUUGUUCAUGGACGAAAUAUCAAAUGGAUUGGAUAGUUCAACCACCUAUCAGAUUGUUGCUUGCCUUCAGCAACUAGCACAUAUCCUAGAUGCUACCAUACUCAUUUCACUUCUUCAGCCUGCUCCAGAAACAUUUGAUCUGUUUGAUGACAUUAUCUUGAUGAGUGAAGGAAAGAUUGUCUAUCACGGACCUAGAAGCAGUGCUCUAGAAUUUUUUGAGAGUUGUGGAUUUAGGUGUCCUGAAAGAAAAGGAGUAGCAGACUUCCUACAGGAGGUUAUUUCAGGAAAGGAUCAAGCACAAUACUGGUUUACGACUGAAGAAACUUACAACUAUACCUCUGUUGAUGCAUUUUCAAGAAAAUUUAAACAAUCAUCUUAUGGGGAGAAGCUAAGAGAACAACUAUCUGCACCAUCAGUGAAGUCCAAGAGCCACAAGGAUGCUAUGACUUUUACUGCAUAUUCACUUCCUAAAUGGGAACUUUUGAGAGCAUGUAUGUCAAGAGAAUUCCUGCUGAUGAAAAGGAAUCGAUUCGUCUACAUUUUUAAAUCCGCUCAGAUUUCCAUUUCAGCAUCUAUCUCGAUGACUAUAUUUUUACGGACAAUGAUGAGCUUUGAUCUUCUUCAUGCAAACAAGUACAUGGGAGCUUUGUUCUUCGCGGGUGGCCUGCUUGUUGUUAAUGGACUUCCAGAAUUGUCAAUGACUGUUGGAAGGCUUGCAGUUUUCUACAAACAGAGAGAUUUACUCUUCUAUCCAGCUUGGGCUUAUGCAAUUCCAAGUGCCAUCCUGAAGGUUCCGCUCUCAUUGUUCGAAGCUGUAAUUUGGACAAGUUUGACUUAUUAUGUCAUUGGAUAUGAUCCUGAGAUAGGAAGGUUCUUCCGUCAUUUAAUUGUAUUAUUUGCUCUUCACGUGGCAUCAAUAUCCAUGUAUCGGUUUGUUGCAUCUGUAUGCCGAACUGUGGUUUCUGCCUCGAUGGUUGGUCUCUUGACACUGCUAUUCGUCUUCGCCUUCUGUGGCUUCAUAAUUCCAAGACCCUCCAUGCCAAAUUGGUUAAAGUGGGGCUUUUGGGUUUCUCCACUCUCAUACGGCGAGAUUGGACUCACUCUAAAUGAAUUUCUGUCCUCACGGUGGAAGAAGAUGCUUCCAACAAACACCAGUAUUGGACAAAAAACACUUGAUGCCCGAGGAUUGAACUUUGACGGAUACUUUUUCUGGAUUUCGGUUGGUGCUUUGUUUGGCUUCACUUUACUGUUCAAUCUCGGUUUCACUUUGGCCUUAACAUAUUUAAACCCUGUUGGUUCUCGUGCUAUCAUAUCUAGAGAGAAGUACCUAUCUUCCGAAACUAAAAGAGAUUCAGUCUCUGGUUCAGCAGGAAAAAUGGUUUUACCUUUUGAGCCACUAACUGUGGUGUUCCAAGAUUUGCAGUACUAUGUUGAGACCCCUCUGAAAAGGCUCCAACUUCUUUGUGAUAUUACAGGAACCCUCAGGCCUGGUGUUCUUACAGCACUUAUGGGAGCCAGUGGAGCUGGAAAAACAACCCUUCUUGAUGUACUUGCUGGUAGAAAAACUAGUGGGACUGUAGAAGGAGAAAUAAAGAUUGGAGGGUUUCCCAAAGUUCAAAAGACCUUUGCUCGAAUCUCGGGUUACUGUGAGCAAACUGACAUACAUUCCCCUCAAAUUACUGUAGAAGAAUCAGUCAUAUUUUCUGCUUGGUUAAGACUUCAUCCGCAGAUAGAUUCGGAAACUAAAAUUGAUUUUGUGAAAGAGGUCCUUGAGACCAUUGAACUUGAUGGGAUAAAAGAUGCUCUAGUGGGCAUUCCAGGCGUUAAUGGUUUGUCGACUGAGCAACGCAAGCGGCUCACAAUUGCUGUGGAAUUUGUUGCUAACCCAUCAAUUUUCUUCCUGGACGAGCCUACAACUGGAUUAGAUGCAAGAGCAGCUUCUAUUGUAAUGCGAGCUAUAAAGAAUGUGGCUAGUACGGGAAGAACAAUUGUUUGCACCAUCCACCAACCAGGCAUUGACAUAUUUGAAGCAUUUGAUGAGUUAAUUCUUCUAAAAUCUGGUGGACGUAUGAUCUACUGUGGACCAUUGGGUCAACACUCUAGUGAAGUCAUUCAAUACUUUGAGGGUAUCCCAGGUGUGCCCAAAAUAAGGAAUAAUUACAAUCCAGCAACAUGGAUGUUAGAGGUUACUUGUACGUCUUCCGAAGCUGAGCUUGGAGUAGAUUUUGCUGGGAUCUACAAGCGUUCUUCUUUGUACGAGAAUAACAAAGAACUUGCAAAUACCCUGAGUUCGCCACCUAUUGGGCAUGAAGCUUUGGAUUUUCCAACACAGUAUGCACAAAAUGGUUGGGGACAGUUCAAAACUUGUCUCUGGAAACAACAUUGGUCUUACUGGAGAAGUCCUUCUUACAACUUGAUGCGCUUCAUGUUCAUGAUUAUUACGUCUCUGAUUUUCGGGGCAUUGUUUUGGAAGCAAGGGAAAAAGAUAGAAAAUCAGCAAAACUUAUUCAAUAUACUCGGUUCCAUGUUUAUCGCAAUGUUCUUUUGUGGCGUGUACAAUUCGUCUUCAAUUUUGCCAUACGUCAGCACAGAGCGAACUGUUUUAUACAGGGAAAGAUUUGCAGGAAUGUAUGCUUCUUGGGCUUAUACACUCGCUCAGGUCAUUAUUGAGAUCCCUUAUGUCUUUAUCCAAGUAUUGGCAUUUACGGUAAUCACAUAUCCAAUGAUUGGGUAUUAUUGGUCAGCUUACAAGGUUUUUUGGUACAUCUACUCGAUGUUCUGUACCUUGCUGUUCUUCAAUUGUACCGGCAUGAUGAUCGUCUCAAUUACACCAAGCUUUCCAGUGGCUGCAGUUCUACAAUCAGCUUUUUACAAUAUCUAUUACCUUGUUGCCGGAUUUCUGAUUCCUCGGCCACAAAUUCCAAAGUGGUGGGUAUGGUUAUACUAUUUAGCUCCUACAUCUUGGACACUGAAUGGAAUGCUUACGUCCCAAUAUGGAGAUAUUGACAAGCCGAUUGAGGUGUUUGGAGAGCCUACAACAGUAUCCAAGUUCUUGAGGGACUACUUUGGAUUUCAUCAUGAUCAACUACCUAUAGUGGCUGUUAUCUUAAUUCUGUACCCAAUUGUUUUAGCUUGCCUGUUUUCAUAUUUUGUUUCAAAGUUAAACUUCCAAAAGAGAUGA